AUGGCGCUGGUCCCUUGCUAUCGUGGCUCCCCGUUGGUUCACAGAGCAUGGAGGCCUCCGAGACACGAGCAAAGCGAGCCUCUGAGCGCCGAGCCUGGAGGUGAGCCACAGCGUUCCUGGUCCUCCAGGAGCUUUGCACUAUGGUGCGGUCUGUGCUUUGCUGCAACACGAAAACGGACAUGCUGGUCACCCCUCGCACGUCAGUCGCAAGCUGUUGGCAAAGAAGUUGCUAAAGACCCACGGCCUGGAGAAGGGUGGGGCGGCGUGAUUCGAACAGAUCGGGACCAGUGGGGUGGCUUGACCAAAGCCUACCGCAUGCCUUUGCCCGCCGACGUGGACGACUUCAAGCUUCCUGUGUUCAGCGAGCUCAUGAAGAUGGUGAACAACCGGUCACCUGAAGAAGCCCUGAAGCACGUGAAGGAGAAGGAGCCGUGGCGACUGAAGCGCCAGCUCGGCAUUCACUCUCCGACGCCGCAGUAUCAGCCACUCCAGUACAUAGAAGACAAGCCGUUCUGGCAGACCAGCAAGUUUGUAAAGAGGAAGAUGAAGAAGUACUACGAAGCACAGCUGAUCAAGCGAAUGGAGCAGGACGGGAUCAACCUGCGAUAUCUGCCCAGCCCGAAAGAUCGUCUCGAGCUGGCAGGCACACAGCUCUUGGGUGGCAUAAAUGGCUUCAAGGUGGAGAAGAACUCUUGGAAAAAGCUGGCAUCCAUGAGUGCGGAGGAGAUCUUAGAGGCCGCUGGUGACCAGCGAUAUCUUCGAUUGAGCGCUGCCAGCAAGGACAUUCCCAUUGAUUGGCGGCCGGGGUACCAGACCACUGCCAUCAGAGACAUGCAGCUGCAGCACAUGAAGCGAGUUGACGUGGUCAUCGAGGUUCGUGAUGCUCGGAUUCCUUGGACCACGACCCAUCCGGACGUUCCAGGCUGGGCACGCCCAAGGCCGCGGGUCAUCGUGCUGACCAAGGCUGAUCUCGUCCCGCGUGCAGCACUCGAGGAAACGAUACGCUACAUCAACGAAAGUGAGCGUGACCGGGGAGUACCAGUGGUUGCAGUCGAUGCCCUGCUGGGCACAUUUGGCAUCGAGGAGCUUCGAACAGAGCUGCUAAAAGCGGGAGCGUACGUGAACCGAAGGAGAAAGCGCAAGGGCAUCAACCCGCGCGCAAUUCGCACGAUGAUGAUUGGCUUCCCGAAUGUCGGGAAGAGCUCCAUCAUCAAUCGCCUCACCGGACGUAAAGUGGCUGCAAGAAAUGGACGGCCGGGCCUGACCAAGAGACUCACUUGGCACAAGAUUGGUGGUUUCAGGAACACGGAGCUCGAGUUUCUGGAUGCCCCCGGGUUCAUUCCUGUCGGAUUCGGAAGGCGCUUCACAAAGGAGCAGCAAGAGCUACUCUGUAUGUGCCGUGUCUUCGGCGAGAAGCACGUCGACCGGCAGCAGACGGGUUACGACUUGGUCACCCGCUUGGGCAAGUUGUGGAAAGAGAACCCCCACAUGAUUGAGAAGACUGUCUGGAGAGAGACAGAACGGAUCUAUGGCGUGGACCUUCAAAAAGCCAUCAGGCACGAAGGUCCUCUGCUUCCCAAGUUUGUUCCUGUUCGGGGCUUGGCUGCAGAAAGCCACGUCAUAACCACGACGCUGUCUUGCUAA